AUGGACUGCUUCGCCCCGUUCCUUGGAAGGACAGCCACUUGGACUGGCCAUGUCCUCGAUGGCUUCAGACGAUCAAACGCACGAACGACACACAUACCCCGGAGCCUCUUCGUUGCCAACUGUCACCCAAAAGUUGAACAAGUAUCACGCGAAGUGGAUGAGUACUUUCUCGAGCAUUGGCCGUUUCCCAGCGAGCGGAGUCGAAAGAAGUUCGUGGCGGCAGGAUUCUCGAGAGUCACUUGCCUCUAUUUCCCUCUGUCCAAGCAUGACAGGAUCGGACAUGCUUGUCGUAUCUUGACGUUGCUUUUUCUGAUUGAUGCAGACGUGCUUGAGGAUAUGUCAUUUGACGAGGGUGCCGCAUACAACGAGAAGCUCAUGCCACUAGCAAGAGGGAUCAAGACUCCGGACAGAUCCAUCCCAGUCGAGUACAUGAUGUACGACUUCUGGCAAUCGAUGAGGCAAACGGAUGAGAAGAUGGCCAACGCUAUGCUCGAGCCAAUGUUUGAGUUCAUGAGAUCCCAAACAGACAAGACAAGGGGCAAGGAGAUGGGUUUGGGAGAAUACUUCCGCUACCGGGAACGCGAUGUUGGCAGAGCCUUAUUGAGCGGCCUGAUGCGUUUCUGCAUGUGCAUCGACUUGUCAAAAGAAGAGAUAGAGCUUGUGCGCAAUAUCGACAUGAAUUGCUCGAAACAUCUCUCAGUCAUCAACGAUAUCUGGAGUUUAGAGAAGGAACUAGCUGCAGCCAAAACAGGGCACGAGGAAGGCGCAGUGCUAUGCUCCAGCGUCUGCAUUGUUGCUGAUGAGGCAUCGAUAUCGUACUCGGCUGCUAAAAGGACCUUGUACGUGAUGUGCCGGGAAUGGGAAUCGGCACAUGUCGAACUCACUUCAUCCCUGUUCAGAAGGUGUGACAGUGCCUCGAUUCGAUCUUACGUGAAGGGCUUGGAAUACCAGAUGAGCGGGAAUGAGGCUUGGAGUAAGACUACUGCCCGAUAUAGAAAAGAAAUGUUGGAUACUCUAGGCGCCAGCCGCUGA